AUGACGGUGAUCUUGCCAACAUUGUCAUCUACUACUUCAACGAUAUCGAUUACAUCAAUGUCGCCGGCGAUCGGAUAUGCACCAACUCACCAUCACACUAGAUCGCCGUCGGGAAGGCUAGCUACGGCGGGAACGGGAGCACUGGCGGAACAGGUUCUCCCUCUUUUUCUCGGGGUGAGGGUGAACGGGUUCCCGUGCAUUGAGGUCCCCACGGCCGACGACUUCUUCUCCGACCUCCUCGCACUCCCCCCGCCAAACGGCGGCGGCAGCACCAGAGCCACGGGCCAGGUCCCGGCCGUGGGCUCCGUGGUCACGGACGCCAACGUCACGGUGGUCCCGGGGCUCAACACCCAGGGCGUCUCGCUCUCCCGCACCGACUUCGCCCCCGGCGGGGUCAACCCGCCGCACACGCACCCGCGCGCCUCCGAGAUCAUCUUCGUCCUCGCCGGCACCCUCGACGUGGGCUUCAUCACCACCGCCAACGUUCUCUUCGCCAAGACCAUCUCCGCGGGCCAGCUCUUCGUGUUCCCGCGCGGCCUCGUGCACUUCCAGAGCAACCCCGGCAACGUGUCCGCCGCCGCCAUCUCGGCCUUCAACAGCCAGCUCCCCGGGACGCAGUUCAUCCCCAGCACCCUCUUCGGGGCCUCCCCCGAUGUGCCCACCGACGUGCUCGCCAAGGCCUUCCGGGUCGGCGCCGCGGUGGUGGACGGUAUCAAGGCCAGCUUCUAGAGAUGAGGAUGAUCCAGAGGAAUUUGUCUGGUCAUCAGUCGUUGAUGAUGAUAUUGAUAUGUAUUGGCCCAUAAGUGUGACCUGCAGCAUGCAUUAGUAUGUGUCUCUUGUAAUAAGCUGCACUGCUCAUCUUAUUUUAUAUUGAUCUCAUAUUACUAUAACUAUUACUAUUACACAGCUUUUUAAAUAUUUACCGAUCCUAGCGCAGAUCUGCUUGAUUCCACAUCGUUGCAUAUGAUCUGCAUGAUUUGGUUGUUGCCCGGGUACAGUAUCUUAUCUGCUGACACCGGGAGGGGCCUGUCUCUGAAUCAACGAGUCUCUGAAGCCUGAACUGAAGCGUGAAGGAUCAAAUCCAUGCUUUAUCUUCAGCAAAUGAUUGAGGUCAAUGCCUCCAAAUCAUCUGUCUAACUUAUGGUUGAUAAUGCCAUCCUUCCUCCGCCAGCGUCGCGCCCCGGUCCUCGAUCGGUGUCUUCCUCAACAACAACCCCCCGCGCGCCUGCUUCGUCCCUACCGGUGCUGAUUUAGCAAGCGCGAAAAUCGACAGGCUAGAGCACAGGCUGAUUUAGCAACCUCGAAAGUCGACCGGGAGACUAGAAGGAAAUUCGAACGAAGAUUUGAAAUUCCAGUUUGAAUUUUAACAAUGUUCUGAAUAAUUGCUAGAGCUAUGCCGGCUAUAGCAGUGUUAGAGCACCCACAAUAUAGUGAAAAAUUAUGUAGUAAGCAAUAAAUGCUAGCUUACUGCCUGAUAGUAAGCAUUGUAGGAGUUGAAUGGGACAACUACCUGGGCUGGCCUCCUGACCCUCCUCCAAUCAGAGCAAGUGGUCCGGGAAGACGCGAACCGCGAAGGAAGCCGUGGGAUUGAGGAAGAUAAUUUGCUAGCCUGGAUUAGAGAGCUGGGAUGGAGAAAUUUUGUAGGAUUUAGGGG